AUGCAUGCUGCACCUGUGCUCCCGAGCGACAUGUUUUCAGACAAUGCUCUCGCUGCUAACGGCGAGAGCACUACGGACGGCCAGUUUUCUACAACAUUUCGCAAGGCGAAGUCUAAGAAGAAGUUUCAGAAGACCUUCACAAAGGGGAAAAGGCGGAGCAAAAAGGAAGAAGAGGAGAGCACAGAGACAGUGGCGUCGCCCACUCCACUGGAUCGGUACUUCUCCUCUUAUGCUCCGUUUCCUUACAACUCAGGUCUGUCGCCAGAUGAGUCCUACCGAGCUUUGUCGAAAUAUUUUGGAUGGAAGGGUAAACGCGCAGACCGUGACGAAGCCUGGGAAGGCUACAGUCGCGCGAUGUAUGAGGAGACCAGGAUGUUGUUCGGCAGCGAAAACGACAUCAAUGCUUGGCACCACUUAUGCCGUGCCAUUGGCGUAAAGGAUCCGCCCGCCACUUUUGGGGUCGGUCGGGACAAGCCGGUCCUCCCGUAA